AUGCCCUUUUUCCUAGUCAUUGGCGCUGGUGUAGUAGGCCUCGUGACCGCCUUGGAGCUGAAGUCACGCUACCCCAGUGCGCAGAUUGUGAUUGCGGCCAAGUAUCUGCCGGGAGACAAUGCUCCCGAAUACGCCUCAGCCUGGGGAGGGGCCAAUUGGUUUCCAGCUGCCCGGGACAAUGGGCCACAAGAGGACUGGGAGGCGAUCACGUAUCGCAAAUUCCAGCAGUUGACAAAGGAGCGGCCAGACGCGGGGAUCAUGCCCAUGAAGAUUCGGUUCCACUACGAAAACCCCAUAGACGAGGUCGAAAUACUGACCCCGGCCACGGGGAAACUCUGGUUCGAAGAGCUCGUCGGCGGCCUGACCAAGAUCGAGGGUGAAGACCUGCCCGCGGGGACGGUGUUCGGGUUCGAAAUGGCAAGCUUUGUCAUCGAUGUGCAGAGAUAUCUACCGUGGCUUCAGACCGAGGCAGCCAAAGCGGGCAUCCCGAUACAUCGACGCAUCUUUACGGACAUCAGGGAAGCCUUCACACGGUACCCCCAGGCGACGGCGGUGUUCAAUUGUACCGGCCUGGGUGCUCUCACGCUAGGUGGGGUGGAAGACAAAAAGAUGUUCGCAGCCAGGGGCCAGAUUCUGCUCGUCGAAGGGCCCGAAGAACCCAUUCGCAAGAUGUAUUUCCAGGCACCCGGUCGAGGCGGCGAAGCCACUCACAUCUUCCCUCGUGGAGAACGUGGCGGUGUCAUCCUGGGUGGCUGUCGGCAAAAGAACAACUGGGACGGCGACGUGGACCUCGCAUUCGCGGAUGUCAUCAAGAGGAGAUGCUGUAAGCUGGUGCCGCAACUGGGCAAGCCCGAGGAUCUUAAAGUGGUCAAGCAUGGCGUUGGCCUUCGACCGGGCAGGGAAGGCGGUGCGCGUAUCGAGGCUGAGAGAAUCGACGGAAGGCUAGUGGUUCAUAACUACGGAGCUGGUGGCACCGGCUUUCAGGCGUCCUGGUGA